CUAUUCCCAGCCGUUUCUUUUCCCAUUCCCAAAUUCCGCAACCAUUUCCAGGGAUUCGGUUUGAAAAGAGAGAAAAAUGCUCGACAGAUCCCUCAGGCCGCCGGCGGAGGCCGGCCCCGGCGAAGCCGGCGGCGAGGGCCGCGGCAACGUGGAUCGGGUCCUCUUCAAGGACCUCGUCGAGAUGGUGCCCCUCGUCGAGUCCCUCAUGGACCGGAGGACGAACCCGUCCUACUCGCGGCGCGCCUCGCUCGUGUAUACGCCGGCGCCGGCCAAGAAGGUUGCUGAUUUGAGAAGCGCAAAGACGUCGCAGAGCGUGUCGGCGAAAAAGCAGAGAGAUCUUGGAGGAGAUGCAGGAAAGGAGGACAAGCCCGCUUCAAACGGAGAGAACGGCUCGGUUAUGCCGAUGGCUCUGCCGGGAGCAGAAACCAAACCCAAAGACAUCAGUGAUAUUGGUGCCCUACGUGAGCAGAUCGACGAGCUGCAGAAGCAGCUGCUCGAGAAAGAGGAGGCACUGAGAUCUGCUGAGAAUACCGUGAGCGAGAUGAAUGCGGUGUAUUCGACCAUCGAUGAGCUCAGGCGCCAAGUUACUGAGAAAGAAGCUUUAAUCAAGUAUACCAAUUCUCAGUUGCACAACGUGAAAAUUACGCUUGCGGACAAACAAGCAUAUUUAGAGAAGUUAGAAUGGGAGGUCAAGACCUCAAAUAAGAAGGUUGAAGAUCUUCAAGGGGAUAUCUCCAAUAUGGAGUUUGAGAUAAGUUCAUUGAUGUCAUUAUUCGAGAAAAUAUCGGAGAAUGUUUCAGGUGAUGGUUACGAUGGUAGCAUGCCAUCAUAUGAAUUAGAAGCACUUCAGUCAGUGAGUGAAAUUGACAAGAUUGAGGUGGACAAGAUAGAGCAGGAAAGGGUUACAUAUGCCGAAGCUCUCGCUGCUGCUAGGGAGAACCCUAAUGAGGAACACUUGAGUUCUGUUGCUGAGGCACGGUCAAGGCUUCAGGUCCUUGUUGUACAAUAGUGCAGUGCACGGGGUGCCAGUUGUAGUGUAUGUACGGUAAUAUGCACGGGGUGCCAAUUGUAGUGUAUGUACUGUAAUGUUGAUUCUCUGAUGUAAUUAUGAGUGGGGUUGAGCUGGUCAGUUUGUCUGACCGGUGUAAGGAUAUUUGAUCAAGCAGUUGUAACUGGACAGAUACUUAGUUUGGGAAUCAUGUUUAGCAGGUUCUGAGCUCUCCA